UGUUACCUGCUGCUUGCUUCUCCAGACGUGACAGGAUUGAACCGCCCAUGCGUUUUCUUGAUGAGGUCCAUCCCCUCACCAAAACCAAUAAGCUCUCAUCUGGAUACAUAAAUAGAGCAAUGGAAAUUCUAAAACAACAACACCCUGAAAUUGGAGGAUUAUACUGCUGCACCAUGGGCGGUUCACUUACAUUUCCUCAGGCAAAUGGUCCACAAUGGAUGCAAAUUGUUCACGACGGAUCAGACCACUGGGUGUUGGUAGCAAAAGGUUUCAGCCAACCGAAUUAUGUCCUGGUGUAUGACAGCAUGGCGGGAAGUAAUUGGCGGUCGAAACACAUUUUAAGCUGUAUGUCAUCUCUUCUGAAAACACCUAAAAAAGAGAUGACUUAUGUCAUUAAAACUUGCCAGUGGCAAGGUAAUGGUUUUGACUGUGGUGUCUUUGUCAUAGCCUUUGCUACAAGUUUGGCGAACGGGCAAGAUCCAGCAUUACUUCUCUACGACCCUCAUGAACUACGAAAUCAUCUUGAUAACUGUAUUACCUCUGGCGAGCUAUCUCCUUUUCCAUCCACCUUAUGCAGAGUAAAACGGACUCGCAAGGAACUGGUUGUUUCCGAAUCUGUCUUUUGCCACUGCCGGAGAACCGCAUACAUGUUACCAUCUAGGGAAUGGAAGAUGAUUGAGUGUGAACAGUUUAUGGAAUGGUUCCACACAAUGUGCAUUGACAAUUUCCCUGUAAACGAGAAUGAUCCUUGGUUAUGUAAAGUUUGUAAAUCGUAAAUGUUAAUUAUAGUUACAAACAUGAAACUCCUU